AUGUAUUCAGUAAUUAGAAAUAAAGAUCCCAUACAGGUUGAGGGAUUUUGCGAUCAGCUAAUUUUUGAGACGGAAAAAAAAACUUAUGGUAAAAUGGAACAUAAUUUUAACCCUUAUAUGAAUAAUGGUGGUUCAUGUGUAGCUGUGGCAGGGGAAGAUUUCGUUGUUAUUGCGGCAGAUACGAGGCUUAGCAAAAUGUAUAGAAUCGCGUCCAGAUCGGUUUCUAAAACAUGUCAAUUAACAAAUACGUGUAUUCUAGCGUGCAGUGGAAUGCUUGCAGAUAUAAAUGCGCUUCGAAAAAUGCUAUUGGCAAAGAUAAAACUAUACGAAUUUGAACAUAACAAAACACCCUCAAUAAAUGCAAUUGCCCAAUUACUCUCUUGUAUAUUGUACUCAAGAAGAUUCUUCCCAUAUUAUUCGUUUUGUUUGCUUUCGGGGUUAGAUGAACAGGGUAAAGGUGUGGUGUAUGGUUAUGAUGCGGUAGGUAGUUUUGAACAACAUAAAUUUGUGGCACUUGGAUCUGGAGGCUCUCUAAUCACUUCAAUCCUUGAUAAUCAAAUAUCAGGAAAUAAUCAGACUUCUUUUAAUCCCAUUGAUAAAGUUGGGAUCAUCAACAUCAUUAAGGAUUCGCUUACCAGUGCUAGUGAGCGAGACGUACAUACAGGUGACUCUGCAGAAGUCAUUGUUAUUGAUUCCUCAGGAAUAAAUGUUUCUUUAUUAGGUUUAAGAAAAGACUAA